AUGUGUCGACCGUCCUUUCUCCCUUUCCUUCCCUUCCUCUCACUCCUCCACGUCAUGGCAUCUCCCAAUUCUAAUGCUUCCGAGUCCCAGUCAGCGUCCGACAGUGUUGGGCUUUCACAACAUACACCAUCAGUAUCUGGAGCUGGGGCCUUGCCUACCACUGCUGACACAAGGGCCAAGCAUCGCAUUGCUGCCUUAGAAGAUGAGCUGGAGAUUAUGCAGCAAGAGAGGGGAAUGAAGCAGAGAAAAACAACCUACUACAUUGCACAAGGUAGGGAAAUUUGUCGCCUGGUUACCCUUUACGCCACCUUGGAAGACUUGAUUUCUGAGAAUGAUUGCUGGCAAGAUUGCAUGCAAUGUGGCUACAUCAAACUCUCGUGGACGCUGCCAUGGCUGCACAGGAAGUUGGGGACCCUUGAGCAUGAAGAUUGUGAAGAUAUGUUGAAAAAGCUCAAGAAAGGAGCCGACGCAGCUCGUGGGGACAAUACCUCCUGCCUUAAAGAUCUGGUAGCUGCCUGGGUCAAUCAAGAAUUUCGCCCUUCUCCUCUGAUCAAACCUGAUGACAAGCAUUUGCGCGGCUUUGUGAGCAAUGUUUGUGGGAAGCUACUUUGCCCUGCAGACUGGGACUGGGAUCAAAAUCGCAUCAAGGUCGACAUUUGCAACAGAAUGUCAGAGUGCAUCGUCUCAGAAAACUCUUGGCCAUUGUUCUUGUAUGAAAACUACACAGUCAACUGUGAGAACCUUGAGGAAGGGCUCUUCAAGUCCAAGCUUCUAGUUCAGGCUUUUAAAGCCAUCUUUACAUCUCCUUCCUCUGCAAAGGAAGCCAAAGGUGAUGGUGACGGAGCUGACAUCCUGGAGAACAACAGGCACACCCAAUGGAAAUCGGAUCAGGCAAAGGUCAAAACUUGCAUUGCCUCGAUCAUCAACAUGAAAAAAGUUACCUCUCGUGCUAUUGCCUAUGUUGUUUGUCAAGUUCAUUUUGCUUUAUCAAACAUGUCAUCUUGGCACACUGUUGAUGGGGACUUUGACUAUGAAGGGUUCUGGAACAACAUUGUAGACUUUUUUGAGGACAUCCCCGGCUCUAUCACAAAACAUAGGGUGGAUAAGCUUCUGGAAUGGUGGACUAGGAAAAUAUUUGGAACAAAUCAUCAUGAGGACCUAACCCCAGAUGUUGUGUCGCAGAUGUCUGUCAACACACUAGCACAGCAGAGGAAGGUGCUGGAGGAUGCUGCUUUUGACUCGGACUAA